GGCCCGUGUUAUAAAGCCAACAUCGGUGACAAAGCUAUACAGCCACCCUCGUCGCCAUUUCCGUACGCGAAAAAGUCAAGUCCUGGUGAAUGCGUUUUCCGAGCGAGAAUGGUUUAACCUACUAAUCGGUGCUACGACGGAGUAAAUGCAGUGUUCCGAUGCGUGUGAGCAUGACCGAAUAUUGCAACAGUGACAAACGAACCGCUGAUAGUGUGGAGAAGGAGUUGAGGGCGAAAAAUGACAAAUUUUGUGCGCAUCAACCCGCUGCUGCAGUAACUAACCGUGGCGGGGGUGGUGGCUCCAGCGCUAGUGGAUUUCCCCGAAUUACCGCCAAUAACACUCACGACAGCAACAGUGUCGAUAUGAUUAACAGCAGCAGCAGCAGCAGUAGCAGUAGCAGCGCGACUUCAUCAGUGCCGCAUCAAAAGAUGAGUUCUAGCGUUGUGCAUCCGGGUGGGGGUGGUGGUGGCAACGAAUCUUCUAGCCAAGCCUUACCCGAUUCCGCGGUGUCACAAAUCGUACCCGAAGAAUCGGCCGCCGAUUUUUCCACCCAAUCGAUGACGAUGGUGAACGCAGCUCCUCCGUCAACCGUGGACGGCGGCGGUGAGCAAAGCAAACAAAGCAGCCACCAGCAGCAGCCAGCGAAUCAUUCUGUGACGGCAAAAAUGAUGGCUAAAAAUAAUGAAAGAUCAACCCCGGCAAAGGACAACAACGGGGACGUACGCAGCGUGGAAAAUGGUUUAUUAAAGUCCCAGAAGAAGAAAAAGAGCAAAGACAAAGAACGUGAUCGAGAUCGUGACCGCGAUCGGGACCGUGAUAGGGACAGGAAAAGGCGUCGCUCAGAGGAUAAAGCAACGGUUGCUGUUACUAGCAACAAUCAGCCUGCUGUUAUGGAAGGGAACAGCUUAUCAAGAAGCAAUCUGCACUCCACAAAAAGUGGAUCAACUCAAAGCCCGGAUACGGUUGCAAACGGAGGUAUACCAUCUUCACCCUCAUCAUCUGCAACACACGCUGUCGGAUUCGCGGCGAUAUCGGUGCAAAACAAGGAAAAUCACCACCGACAGGUGGCUGAUUUUGCCGCUGCCAACCACGGGUUGAAGAGAGAACUUUCAAUCGAAACAUCCUCCGUUCCACCGACUCUAAUGAUGCACGGUGCCGCUGGUAUAGUUGGGUCUCCGGCAGCAGCGGCAGCGGUAGUCGCUGCCGCAGCCGCCAGUUCCGGCACUCCGAUCUCGCCGAUAAACUUGCUGCUCAAUCUCGAACGCAGCAAAAAUGAGUUGACCCACGCGAACAUGAAAAAGCAGGAUGUGUUUAUUAAGAAAGAAUACCUCCCGGCCAAGACCAAGCUCCUGAAGAUCGAUAAAACACGUGACGAUGUAGCAAGAGCGUUAAAUUUCGGCACCGACACGAUGGACGGUGGUGAGCAGCAGGGGACAGGAGAGAAACAAAACACGGUAACGGGCCCACCAGCUUCUUCAAACUCACCAGCACCAUCAAACACAACGCUGAACGGCAAUAAUGACGGUGGUAACAGUACCUUACAAAACAGCAAGCCCAUCAGUGAUGGUAGUCUCAUAUGCAUUGCAAACGUAGCAAAUACGACCAGCAACAACAGUACAAUUCCAACGUCCAACAACAUUCAACAAACAAGUAGUAACAGUAAACUGAACUCCUCCUCCAACAUCUUGAUCAAAAUUGAGUCACCGAAGAACGUCGAGGAAAAGGUGCCACCAUCUUGCUUGCUACCCGCAAAAAAAGAGGCGAUGAAUCACAGCAAUCCGUGUGUUGCUGCACCGUCUACUAGCGCGACGACGACGAUGACGAAUGUGAACAAAACAGUUUCCACGCCAAACCACAAAGAACACUUGAUUGAAGGUAGCCAUGGUAGUGCUACUGCGGCUGGUUCCGUUGCAACGGCGAGCAUAAAGAAGGAAAAACAGGAUCCGGAUGAGACACCGAUGGAAACGUGUACUCCAGUGAAGACAAGCGCAAGCAAAAGCAGCACAAAUCAUACAUCUACAGGAGGAACAGCACCUGCGACAGUUGCAUGCGGUGCACCGGGUGUAGCUGCAUCUCUUUCAGCACACAAAGGUGCUAGUUCAAGCAGCAGCCGUGGCGAUUGUUCCCGCUGUUACAAACGAUCUCGGAUCAAAAGAGCGAACAUAGGUAUCCAAUGUCGUCGAGGUGGCGCGAAUGAUCAUCAUCGUAGCACGACGAGUACAGCAGCAACCCUCCCGAACGCUGCCUCGACGGUGAACGAGUCCACCGCUCGGAUAGGGUCAAUUAACCGCAACCAUAACUGUGGAUCGAGGAUAAAGCAACUCGAGGGCCUCAAGUAUGGACGCUUUAUGCGCAUCGAAGUCCACCCGAACGGUGGUGCUUCGGUCGUGCACAUGUAUCAGGACGAGAUCGCUACGCUGUCCGAGGCCGAAAUGGAGGAGCUGGUUAACGAGUUUUUCCAGGUAGUUUUCGCGGAAGACAAGGACGGUUACGCCAAUCAUGUCAUGGGGAUUGUGCAUGAUGCGGCCGCCUAUCUGCCGGACCUGCUCGAGCACAUGGCGGAGAACUAUGCCAACUUAACGGUGAAAGCCGGAGUUUUAGGACGAAACUCAGACAUUGAAACAUGCACCAUGAGUCAGUACAACGAACAGGUUCUUAAAAAUUAUUCUCACGGCACCGUUCGAUACGGGCCUUUACAUCAAAUCAGUUUAGUCGGUAAGGUUCACGAAGAAGUAGGUGGAUAUUUUCCUGAUCUCUUAAAGCGGCUGGAAGAUAAUAAAUUUCUUAACAAGGCCAUGCCAUGGGGAGAACUGUCAAUAGUGCAAAUGGAUCCUCGGCUAUCAAACGACGGACCAAUCCUGUGGAUACGACCAGGCGAACAACUGGUUCCUACUGCAGAAAUCAACAAGACACCCCUGAAACGUCAGAGGACACGGAUAAAUGAGCUGAGGAAUUUGCAAUAUCUUCCCCGGCUGUCGGAAGCUCGUGAGACAAUGAUUGAAGAUCGUACAAAGGCUCAUGCCGACCAUGUAGGCCAUGGACAUGAUCGAAUGACAACGGCAGCUGUUGGAGUACUAAAGGCGGUACGAUGUGGGAUCCCGGACGAGAUUAAUCGUAUCACUAAGGAUGUAGUGGCCUUCGAUGCGCACUGUUUUCCACACCUGGUGGAAAAGCUACAGCUAGAUCUGCAUGAACCACCGAUCUCACAGUGCGUCCAGUGGGUUGAGGAUGCCAAAUUGAACCAGUUGCGACGGGAAGGGAUACGAUACUCGCGUAUAUCGCUCUACGAUAACGAUAUCUACUUUUUGCCUCGCAACAUCAUUCACCAGUUCCGAACGGUGACCGCCGUGACGAGUAUAGCGUGGCAUCUUCGGCUGAAGCAGUACUAUCCCGAUCAGGACAUAGUGCAGGAGAUCGCCAAUGGGUACGAGGUUGAUCCGCCCCACUACAAGGAGAAGCAAACGAUCCUACCCCACCCCAUAUCGGCGGCAGACGAGAAGAAGCACACACCCAUUAAACGCACGCACGACGGUAAACCAAAGAAAUCGGAGCAAAAGAAGGAACCGGUGGUUCCGCUUUCCACCAGCCCAGAGAAGGGACUGAAAAAGGCUUCGUCGAGCGAUACGGUUGAGAAGCUGGCAGCACAGGAAACGAAAAUCGAUAUGCGGAAGCUAAUCCGCGACGAUAAGGAUACAACGGGAAUGGCCGGCGAACGCUCGCCUAGGACGCCGAAGAAAGCGGCAUCGAUCGAUGGUAAAAGCUUUUCCCGCACCAGUAGCACCACCGGGUCCACUUCCUCACACAAGCAACAGCAUUAUGGAAGCGAGAGCGGUAACAAGGGUGCCGAUCAAAAGAGUGGCGAUCCAAAGCGACACUCUAACGGUGACCACAAACGGUCCAAGGAUACCGAUCGUGAUCGCAACCGGAGCCGUGAUCGUGAUCGCGAUCGUAAAAAGCGGGAUAAGAAAGAUCGCGAUCGUGACCGAGAACGAGAGCGCCAUCACGAUCGACCACGGGAUAGUGACCGUGAUCGGGAUCGUGACCGUGAGCGUGAUCGCGAUCGCGAGCGUGAUCGGGAGCGUGAGCGUGAUCGGGAUCGUGAGCGAGAUCGUGAGCGCAAUCGAGAUCGGGACAAGGACAGGCGAAGCCAUAAGACCAACCAUACUUCUUCAUCAUCCUCCUCGUCGUCCAGCAGGAAAUCGUCAGCGACUAAUGCCUCUUCUUCCCAAAGUCAACGCAAGGAUGAGCUGCCGGUCUCAGAGGAUGCCACUGGAUUGCCUAAGGCGGUGCCACAUUCAACCACUUCCUCGAACAUUAGCAGCAGUCAUCGCGAGUCUUCCUCAAGCGUGACGAAAGAUAAGGAACAACCGUCAGACCCAUUACCAAUGGUUGCUCCUCCAGUGGUGCUUGAUAAAAGUGCAUCUAAAGAUGCGAUAACUGAAAAUGCACCGCAAACGGACACGGCUGGUGCUGUUACAGUGCUAACGGAUGUGAGUGCGGACGAGCAUAAGCCAGCAAACAAGCAAAGUGAAGCGGGUGGUGGAAGUGAUUGCAUGAACAAUUAUAAUACUGUGAUAAAUGGCAAUGAUUCGGAGGAAAGGCCCUCUACUCUAGACACAGUAGAGUCUGGCCGCGCUGAACAACACAGCAUAACCGCAGACGCUGGCGGCAGUAGGCGACGGCAAUCGGUUGGAGCAGAUAUCGAAGCUGAGCGACGCGUGACCGUGUUGCCGCAUGUAAAAGAUGCUUCUUCGAUGCACCAUACACCACCACACCACCCACCUCUGCCAUCGGCGAGCUUGGCACAGCCUCCGCUUCCUGUCUCUUCACCACCAUUGGCACCGCCUCCACCACCACCCCAAGAACAAGCAGAAUCCACUAAGCAAAGUGACACAUCAACACCAAAAAUCAAACAACACGUAUCAAACGCAAAUAACACUCACAGCAAUAGCAGUAGCACCAGCAGCAGCGGCAAUAACGCCACCAACAGUAGCAGCGAAAGUAGCAAUAACUCCAACACCGCCGCCGCCACCACUAGUAAAGCCGGUACCGCUUGUGCUGUGGAUGAAGAUCUAAAAAGCCAAAAGCAAUCAAGUGAUUUACUGAGCACGAUAAUGGCUAGCAUGUCCAGCACGCCAAGUAAAGGUAACUUGUAAACCUACCGGGUGCUAAUGUCACUCACUUUCUUUUCACGCACGUUUGCGGCCUUGCUGCAAACGAUCGAUGGUUUUAGUGGUUUUUGUCAGGAAACAGAUACCUCUCGAGAUCGAGUUCAAUUUGAAUAGCAGUCGGGUUAACGGUGGACCGUGUGCAGGAUGUGAUUGAGUGGACUAUCGCCGCACAGACAUGAUAUAUAUAUAGAUAUAAGAGAAGAGGAGCAAGCGGCUUGCACGCGGGUUUUGCAAGGUUUUGUUUGUGAUCUCCCUCAAUCACACAGUAUAAUACACAGUGUACAGUAUCGUAACUAUCUUUGGCAAUAUUUUAUAAGCGGCAUCAUAAUGCCAUUUUUAUAUAGCUGCUACUAUUAUUAUUAUUACUACUACUACUAUUAUAACUACUGCUACUAGUAGACAUUAUUUAUCAGUUGUACCAAGUAAUAUUUUUGUAAAAUUCAUAAGCAAAACAUCGGAGGACCAGCCGACCAGUGGUGGAGCACGGUUGAUGGCGCGAAGGGGUUGGUUACAUGCGCUCGUAAAUGCUUAAUUAUGUUUCAAACGAUCGAUCGUUAUAGAGAUAGUUCUAUAUCGCACCCAUGAUUUAAUAUCAUCAUUUUAGAAGACGAACGCAGGUUCACUAUCGUGUCCGUUAUAUCUAUGCGAUCAGUUAUGGUAGUUAAUUUUAAGAAAAAUAUUAAAUAAAGGCAUAU